UCAGGGAAACCCUGUCAGAUUGUGCCCCUAUUUUUAACCUAAUUUUCUCAGAAGCGUAUGCAUAUUGCGAUAUCCACAGCGAUGGCCCCAAGGAAGCGCAUCUCGAGGAUUGCAUCCCGCAGUGCGGCGCCAGUGGAGCAGGAGAUUGAGAUUAGCAACAGCAGCUCGGUUGCCACCCAAACCGAUGUCAAGGCUGCGGGUCCACCGAAACGCAAGAAGGGCCAGAACAAGGUCACGCCUCUGGACCCGCCCUUGGCCACCCUCCUGAUGCCGGCGGGCAAUCCACUGACACUGCCAGUGGCCUCUCCCGAAACAGUAGAGGGGCAGCCGGAUGGACUGCCAUCGUUUGUGCCUGGUCCAAAUGAGAAGGCCUGCCAGGCGGUGGCCGACGGGAUCGCCGACCCGGGAGAUCGGGUCAUCACCCCCAACUCCGGCGAACGGCAGAUAAAAUACCUGAAGUCUCUGGUGAGCAAUCGCCGCGAAGAGGCCAACCUGUGGGAUCGCAACCGUCUGGAAAUGCUGCUCGGCCAGAUUAACGGCGACCCUCCGCCGCGCUGGAACUCGGCCAGCCAGAUGUGGCUAGAGGUCGAAAGGCUGGAGCAGCGCAUUGAGGACUACUACCGCGGGGACCUGCCGAUUGCCAAGAAGCGCAAGGUGGAGGAGGACGAGGCGCAGGAGGAGGGCCACGAUGAGUGGCAGGGGGAGGAGCUAGAUGAGGGACAGGAUGAGGUGCCGGCAGAUGAACAGGACGAGCGGAAGCACCAUAACACAGGACGCAUGUAACCAUUGAUGGUGACAAUAACUCUUUAUUAAACAUAUUUCUAACGGUCUA